UAAGAUCAGUAAACCUGUCCGCAUGGGGGCGCAACGGAUUUUGUAAACAAAUCAGAUAGGUGAGCAAUUAAACGCCCAAGUUGACAAAAUAUAAUGAAACUGGUUGCAGAGGAGGUGUUAGAUGCGGCUGGUGGUGGUGAUGUGACAGAACUAAGACGUUUUGACAAAAAUUCGUUAACUGACACCCUGUGUGACGGCUUGGGAUGCAACUGUCUACAUUAUGCAGCUAGACAGGGUGGGGCUGACAUUCUGGAAUUCUUAGUGAAGGAGAGAGGUUUCCCUGGAUAUAAAAGAUCAAAUGUUGGAGCCACAGCAGCUCAUGACGCCGCUGCUGCCGGAAACCUUGAGGCGUUACAAUGGUUGAUACAGUAUGGUGGAUGUAAUGUUGAUGAUCAGGAUGGAACAGGAGCAACAGUGUUACAUCUUGCAGCAAGAUUCCGCCACACUCGUAUAACAGAAUGGUUAUUAGAUGUUCAACAUGCUGAUGUAUCAAAACGUACAGCAAGUAACGGACUUCCGUUACAUUUUGCUGUUGUAGGAGGAGAUUACGAUGCAGUCAAACUUCUUGUUGACGAAGAUCCUACAACGGUAAAUUAUCAGUUGAGUAACGGGGCAACAGCAACCUAUCUAGCAGCACAGGAAGGCCAGCUUGAGAUUCUACGAUUGUUGAUACAAGAUUAUCGUGGAAAUGUCAAAAUGAAAGCGUACGAUGGAAUGUCAUGUGUUCAUGCAGCAGCACAGUCUGGUCAUUUAGACUGUGUCAGAUUUUUGGUUGGUGAAGAAAAAUGUAAUGCAAAUGAUCGAGAUUUUGAUGGAGAGACUCCUCUUCAUUAUGCUGCAAGUCAAGGUCAUGCCCUUGUCAUUGAUUGGAUGAUGAAAAUGGGCGGGGCCAGAGUGACAUUAGAUAACCUCGGAGGCAGUCCACUUCAUAAUGCAGCAGAGAGCAACCAAACAGAGUGUGUGAAAGUGUUGAUAAGUAACGGUUGUAGUACAGAGAUUACAGAUAACAACGGACUUACAGCUGCCGAACUAGCCCGUAAAUGUUUCAACGACAAAUGUGCAAAUUUGAUUGAAACUUUCCAACCCCAAAGUCAGUUUGUGAUUGAUGAAGACGUGGCAUACUUACAUUCUGUGCAGAGUCCAAGACCUGCCCCACAACCGGGACAUUCUGUCGUAACCAAUGGUUACACUUCAAAUUACCCAUUAUACACUACUCAUGUUCAGCCAGAACCUCUUCAUAAUGGUUUUACUGUAAAUGGUACUCAGGGGCAAGCCGUUAAGGUCACUGUGCAUUCUGGGAUAGGUAACCAGCGCAAGCCAACAGGGAGGCAGAGCCCAGUACGUGCUAGAUCCCCGGUCGGCUAUCAACUACAACAACAACCAGUGAUUAAUGGUACAUUUCUAACAGAUGGUAGAGGUGAGACAGAAGACACUGGUUCAGUUUCUGCUCGUGCCGACUCAGACGAAUUUCCAGUUGGAAUUCCAAGAAAUUUCUCUCAGGACUGGUCUGUGGACUCAAAACUAAACAGAGGAAAUAACAGUCAGUCUGGUUCUAGUUCCUCUCUUAGUUCAUUAUCUCAUCUGGAUGAUGCUAUAGCAGUAGCAACACAGGAAGUUGAGAAAGACAAAAUUACCCAGAAUGCAUCUAUAUACAGGAAGUCAGAAAAACAAGUUCUUUUGCCAGCACACCAUGGAAACAUCCUCUUAGAAGAAAAUCCAUAUGCAUCAGUAGCUAGUGUAAGCAAACAGACACAAAACAAAACUGAAUUUGCUUUAUUGGGACAGAGAGAAUCAAAAAGUGUAACAUUUCAAACAAAAACAAGUUAUAUUAAAACUGAUACAAAAAUGGAUGAGUCGGUCAAGGGUGUGAAUGAACAAAAUGAAAGAGACAAUUUAUCUGUUAUAAAGCCCUUAACAGGAAAUACUGCUGUUACGGCAGAAAAAAUAAACAGCAAUGGUUACCACCAUGACAUUUCAGAAGACAGCAAGGUUGGAAAUGGUGUUCAUGAGAAAAGCGGGUCUGUACUAAUUACUCAACAUGUAACCAAUAUCUAUACACACACUGCACCCCAGAAUGCUAGAAGUCAUGUGACUAACUUAGAAAUGUUCAGGGAUAACACGCAUGCUAUGGUGAAUGGGAACCCCACACUUCUUGCAACUGGUGAUGUUUAUCAUGCAGAUAUAUCAUCUGCUGCACCACAGAGUAUCCCCUCUGCUCCACCUCCCCCUGUUAUUUCAUCAGUACCUGUGUCUAAACCAAAGGAAAACUUAAUCUCAAAGCCUAUGGAAGAUGAUUUUAUAAAGCCUACCCACAAUGCACCUAAAAUUCUUGGUUAUGGGAAUCAGACCACAUCAGUACCUGCACCCCAUACUGCACCUGUAAUUCCUCAGCAACCCCCUCCCCCACCACCUGCGCCCACCAUUACCCAUGUAAAUAGUAAUCAAGAACGUAGUGCUCCGCUUUCUCCACCACCUGAACCACAGCUUGGAUCAGGGAACCAGCCAGCUUUUGUACCAGCACCACCACCGCCACCACCACCACCUGCAGUAGGGAGUCAGUCUGUUGUUCGUAAUUCUGUGUCAGAAGCAGUCAAAAGAAAGUCUGCCUCAUUACCUGCUAGGUUAGUUAAUCAAGAAAGACAGGUGGAUUUCUUUGAAUCGGAUUCAAAGGUAGAGCUGACUGGCGAGUGGGACCCUAAAAAUUUUGUUGAUAAAGUACCAAACAAAGAGAGUCUCCCUGCAUGGAAGGUCCAACUUCAGGCUAGACAGAUUGCAGAGAAAACUAUGAAAGAAACUCUAGAACAUAGAAAGGUUGAAGAGCGGGAAUGUAGGUUUAAGAAUAUGCCUGCCUGGAAGAGAGCUCUGGUAGAAAGGAAAGAAAAAGAAGCUGAAGCCAGGGCAGAAGAGGAGAAACGCAUACAGGAACAGCAGGCACAGAAAAAGGCGGGAACAAAACGUGUCCCAGCUGUAAAUGUUACACCUAGCACUAGUGAUGAUGGGGAAUUAGCACCAUGGCAACGUGAACUUCAGAAAAGAUGAAAUCUUUGUUUUUUAACAUGUAUAUUUUGUUCCAUUAUGGAAAAAGAAAAAAGAAAACUUGUGUUCCAUUAUGGAAAAAGAAAAAAACCCUUAUAUUCUAUUAUGGAGAAAAGGAAAACAAACUCACUAUUUAAUCAAAGAUCCCUUUGCUUUAAGCAGUACAGAAUCCUUGUAUAUUGAUCACCUAUUUUUCAUGCAUUUCUAACAUAUCUAUUAUCUAACAUAUCUAACGAGUUCACAAGCAGGUCUUGGUAUUAAUGUGAAAUAUCAUCAUAUUCGCAAAAAGGCCUUUUCAUUAAUGUGAAAUAUUAUAUUCACAAAGAAACAUUUUUUAUUGUUUGACAAUUGUUUGGUCUUUUUUUAUAAUUUUGAAAAUGUCAUACAUUGUUCUUAUUCUAUAAUCAAAAACUUGUAGUUACUCUUGCAAAGGCUUAUAUGAAUUUUCCCAUUAUUGGCCAAUGAUGUGAGAAAAUAGAAUUUGUAGCUUUGUAAUUUUUUUCUCUACCAUUAAUGUGGUGACAGGCCUCAAAAUUAGGACUGGGACGAUUACUCAGUUAAUCGGAUCCGAUUCGAUUUCUAGGUUUCAGUUUUGUAAAACCGGUAAUUGCGGUCAGACAAUAAACAUCACAAGUCGUACUUUAUUUUUAUACAUUUCUUUGACCAGCACAUAGAUCCAAAGUUAUAUUUCCACUAAAACCCAUCUACUGAAGACAAUCAGUAGUCUCGGAUUUGCAUGUCGUGAUAUAUUUAAAAUAAAAUACACCAAAAUAUGACUUAUCAGUUGUCACACAGCUUGCAAACAAUAAAUUCAGUAAGUUUCUAAUGAAGUCAGCUGCUGGAAGUACGGAAAUACGGUCGUCAGGAAAGAAAAACAACAUUUUCCACAUGGCGGCCGAUUAACCGGUUCGAUUCGAUUUCAGACAAAACAUUAACCGGUUUCAAAAUUUUAAAAUCGUCCCAGCCCUACUCAGAAUACCUUAUUUAGUCUUCAUGUAAUAAGUGGAAGGAAGUUGUGUAUUUUUUGUAGAAACCUACAUGCAUUUUGUUCUGGUAUUUGCUUAAAUAUUAGGACGUCUGUCUCUGUGACAGAGCUGGAGAGUGAGAAGUGUUGGCUAAACUGAUAUUUUAUUUGUUUACCUUAAAAAAUUAUUUAGCAAGAUUUGUUUUAAUUCGGUCGAACUGCGCUUGCUCAAACAUGCCAGGACUGUCCAAAUUUGUUCGAGUUACCGGUAUUUCGAACCAUCGAACAAUACACAUUAUACAGGUAUUUUGUGGGGACCUGAUGCCGAGUUUAAUCCAAGGAUAAUGCUCCCAUUAUCCUAGUUUGAGCAAACGGAGUCCAACUGUAUACAGGUUUGUAUGAAUAUUGACUUGAACACAAAAAUCUAAAGGAGAACAUUUGAAGUUGAUUCAAAAUGUAUGUUUGUACUUUGUAUUAUGAAUGAUAGUGAUUGAAAGCUUUAAUGAUAUACUGUGCUCAUAUCAUUAGAUAUUUAUUGAAAUCUAGAAAACACAUAUUUAAGUUGGUUAAGAUAUAAACUGUUUAUUGCAGAGCAUAAUUCACAAUUUAGCAUCAUAUCUAGUAACAUUAGAACAGCCAUUUGUUAUGAUAUUCUUUUAGUAGAAUUACACAUGUUACGAAUUUUAUCUGUACAUUUAUUUGUCAGUAUUGUUUUAAAUCUAACAUAGAGUAGUAUUUACAUUUACACACUGUUUCGUUUUAACAUAAAUACUGUUUUGCAUUUGUUCAUAUUUUGAAAUAUGUAAUUUGGGCUUACUGUAUCUUUAAAUGUUUUAUGCAAAUUACUUGCCACCAGUUGUAAUUCCAAAAUGUUCCCCAUUAAUGCAGGGAUUGUGUGUGAAAAAAUAUUUCUAUAUGGGAAUAGUUGUGGCCCUUAAGGGAGGGGGUGCAUAUAAAUAAGCAGUGUUUGGUUGCCUUGUAGAAACAUGCAUCCUAAAAGUCUCUUUGUUGUGUAUUUAUAUCAUUACAGUGUUGUUUCUGACUCUUUUGGGUACUAAGCUUAGUUGAGUGUCAAUAGUCAAUCACUUGUAUGGAACCCAGCAGUGACACUUGUUUCAAACAAGAUCUCUGAACAUUAAAGCUAAUUAUUCCAAAUUUUGGAUAUUCUUGUGCCAGUAUAGUCCUGAUAAAAAAAUGUAACGAAGCUUAGACAGGAAAAAACUUGAAAUAAUUCACUGUCAAGAAAUGCUGAGAUAGAAGAUUUUAUUUAGUUGGGCAUAAAAAAGAUAAAAUUCUCACUUUAUACAUGUAUCUAUUUGUAGCAUGUCUAUGCAGCAAUUUUUAUAAGAUUUGCAGGCACUAGAACUCUUUUAAAAUUAUACAAGGAACAAUCUGCUAAUAUGAUAGUUUUGCUUUUUAUCCAAUUAACUUAAUAUGUAAUAUCGUAGCAGUUAUAUCAACACACUGUUCAGCUUUUAUAGAUGAGCUUAUUGGGGUCAGUAUAGCCCUUUUGCGUUUUUAUUGAUGAUGAAUGUUUGUAAAUGAACUGUACCUGUGAUAUGUCAUAUUUAUACUAUAUUAUAAUAUUUUACCAAAAAUGUCUGUCUCAGAAGUUUAAAGGUCUUUCUGUCUAUUAACAUUCCAUAGUCGGAUUAUUUUUGAUAAUUAUAUUUUAUAUAUUGAUAGUGCUUAUUCAUUUAUAAAGAAGGGUGUUUUAAUGAUUUUUUUUUUCAAGAAAUAGAGCCAUGCAAUAUUGUAUGACAAAAAUCUGUCCUGACCUAUUUAGGCCUUACCAGCAAAAUUACGUAAAAAAGCACACUUCUAGGUGAAAAAUAUAAUGUGUCUCUACUAGGCCUAUCAAUGAAUAAUAUUGACUUUUUAUUUCCCUCUUAUAUGAUGUAAGGGGUGGUCUUGAAAAUGUUAUUAAAUUUUGUAUAAUUAAA